AUGGACCGGCUGAUGGAGGAAAGUAUUGCAUCGGACUUUGAAGAUAUGGUAAGGUUGGCAGCAUCUAAGAUGGCGGCCAAAAACGUGCAAGAGGAAAAUAUCAAGUAUGCUAUUCGGUUGAGAAACCAUGGUGGUCGAACCAAUAAUGGCGACGGAGGACUCAGUUCUGUUAAAGGCUCUGAUAAUACAAUAUUCACUUUCUCAACUUGCUCAUUGAGCUUCAAUGGAACAACUCUCACCAGAGGACAGAUUCCCAUUAUACUUUAUUACAGCAAUCCUCUUGAAUAUGGAAGAGCAGCUACCACAAAGCUUGAGCAACAGGCUCGUAACACAGCUCUAUCAAUGACUAGCGCCAUCAUAGAAAAAACAAGCAAUCUGAUGGUAAUAGCUAGAGAGAAAGCUGAUGAUGUUCCUUCGGCAGACAUAUUGAGUAAAUCUUGCAUAGUAACAACAUUGCUUCCAUUAGUUUUGGCUCAUAUCAGUCCAUUGGCAACCAGCGAUUCGAAGAGCGCUGUUCAUAUACUGAAUCUCAUUCAGGAGCUAUUACCUCAUGUAGCAGCUCUUAAUCUCAUGAGCCAAUCUGUGAGCCUUAAUAAUAAGUCACUUAUAUCUGUCAGUUCGUGUUCCAAUCAAGACAUCAUAGAAUAUAAAGCUGAUACUACUAGUCAUCACUACACAUUGGUAGAAAGUGAUCAUCCAUAUAAGCCUUCAACAGUGUCAAAUUACAGAGUCCUGUUUCCAGAAAGUGUCAAAUGGAUGAGUUUAGAUUUUGAUUCUGCUUGUGCUACUGUACAACCUGAGGAUUUACUACAACUUUUUGUGCCAGCACUCAAACAAACUGAUAGAAAGCAUUUCAGUUGCUUGGACGAUGGCGAAACUCCUUUACCCUAUUGGCCUGUUCUCCAUAAAUUUAGUGGAAGUUUGCAGUGGCCCACGAGUUCUGUGAUUCUACCUGGUAAUGAAGUCAUUUUCUCACUCGAAACAGCUUCCGACUAUCUCAAAGACGAACGUCAGAGCGCCUACGGAUUCAAAUGCCUCGUCAUCGGAUAUGAAUGGCCACCAGAGAGCAAUGGCAGCGUGAACCUCGAAUUGAAACAUCUGGAGGCAGAACUAUCGUUCUUGGAUGAAGCUGACAUAGACACUGAAAUGGCAGAGAACACAGCUUCUGACAUUUUCAUGCGUCAUGGACCUUUAUUAUCGAAAGGUUUGGCUUUGAGUUCACCGCCCACCGUACAUCAAGCUUUGGAUGGAAUGCUGCCAUACAGGUGA